CAAGUAGCUUUUGUGCCCAAAUCCUACGUAGAAGAAACCUAAAAGCAAACCAAAUAGACGGCGACAGGGAAAGAGAAGAGGAAUCUUUCAGACCGCAGAUCUCUGUCUCCUUCUUCUUUCCCACACUUCUGUCUAAUGGCACCGAAGCAGGCGGACAAGAUUGAGAAUCCUCCAGUUGCCUCUUCAAGCGAAGAGGAAGAAGAAGAAGAGUCUGGUUCAUCUGGAGAAGCAUCCGAGUCUUCCGAUGACGAAGCUGGCGAUGUCCAGUCCAAACUCACUCAGAAACCUGCUGCUCCUCCAGCUUCUGCAAAAAAGCCCCAAUCCGACUCUGAAGAAGGCGAAACCGAAUCAGAAUCCGACUCCGAUUCCGAGCCUGCGACCAAGACCAAGCCUCUCAACACUGUCGCGACCAAACCGAUCCCACCGGAGAGCUCCACGGCAGCGAAGCGUUCUCUGAAGCAAGCGGAUAACAACGAGCCUAAGAAGAAGGCAAAGACAUCAUCGACCACUGAGCAAGUGAAGAAGAAGAAGCCAACAACAACAACGAAAGAUGAAGAUGUCAAGAAGAAGAUAUCCGGAGAAGAAGCCAAGAAGAUGUUGUUUCAGAGGCUGUUCAGCGAGACGGACGAGAUCGCGAUGCUUCAAGGCUUUCUAGACUUCACUUCCACCAAAGGAGACCCUUACGAGAACAUGGACGCCUUCUGCGAUUACGUCAAGACCUUGAUCGACUUCAACGCUUCCAAGGCUCAGAUCGUUACCAAGCUCCAGAGGUGUAAGAAGAAGUUUGCGAAUAUAGUCAAGAACGCCCUCAAGAAAGGAAAGACUGAGGACAAGAUCACGUGCGCUAAGGAUCUUGACCAGAAAGCCUUCGAGUUGUCGAGAAAGAUUUGGGGAAGUGACGGUGUGCUUCCUGCUAAACCGAGGAAGAAGAAGUUGUCGAAAGAGGAUGAGUUGGUUUCGACAUCGCCCAAGAAAGAAGUAGUAGAGGUGAAAAAAACACAGAAGGUGGUGAAUGCUGUUGUUGUGGACACUCAUCAUCUCUCGGAGAGUAGAGAGAUGGGGUUGUUCUUCAAGGCGGAGAAUGUGAGUGUUUUGGGCUUGGAUGAGUUUACAGUGAGUGGGGUUUGGGAUAGGGUGGAGGAUGGAGGGAAGAAGAGGGAGAUGGAGGAGAAGCUGAAGAAGCUAAGGGCUAAGCAGAUGGAGCUGUGUUUGCAGAGAACUGCGCUCGUGGACUACACUGCAAAGAUUAUAUUCAAAAACAAUGCACCCUCCACCUCUUCAUGAUUUGAUUAGUUACAUUACAUUGAUGGUUUGUUUCAAGUUUUUUAGUCAGUAAUGUUCUUUAUGCCCCCUUAUGUUGGUUGGAUGCUUGAUUUGGGUAUUAAGACCCUUAUAUGAAAUGAGUAUUUUUAUUCCU